CAUUAAUUUCAUCUACUUAUUAUAUGUUUCCAGAAUGUUGGGUACUUUAUUGAAACUUAUCAUCAUCCAAAUUUCUUUCGAUGUUAUAGAGUCAACAUGGGGACUAUACGGCAAUAACUUUCAAAACCACAAAACAUUUUACAACAAAGACUCGCACACGUUUGGGACUGGAUCUUUAUUAAAACAACCUACAAUAACGAACAGAAACUCGAAUGCAUGGGGCGGUGUUAAAGGAUCUGAUUCACGGGAUAAUUCUAAAUCACGUAAUUUUGGAGGCUUUGGUGGUUUCAACAUAUUCAAGAAACCUAUAAAUACAAAUGCUGGACGAUAUAGCAAAGGAACAUCAGGUUCACGGGAUAGUUCUAGAUCUCGCAAUGUUGGUGGUAUUGGUAACUUCGGAAUAUUUAAGAAACCUACAAAUACAAAUACUAAUUGGAGCUCUUGGGGUAAUGUUGACCGAUCUAGCAAAAGAACAUCUGGAGAUAGUUCUAGAUCAAAUAAAGCUAGUUCUAGAUCAAAUAAAGCUGGAAACGUGGGUGGCUGGCUUUUUAAAAGGCCUACAUUUAAUAAUAAUGGCAGAAACUCUAUCAGUAUUUUAAGUGGAUCAGAUGAUGAUACAACAGAUAAAACUAACAGAAAUUGGAAUAGUUGGACAAACAAAGGAAAUGAUAAUGAAAGGUCUGAUACUAUUGAAAGGUCAAAAGCAAAAAAGUCGGGCACUUCAUCUUCUAAAACUAAAUCUAAAAGCUCGUCAAAGAAAUCGAAUCAUUCUAAAUCUAAGGCAUCAGAAAAAGGCCAUUCAUCUAAAUCUAAAGACUUUCGUAGCAGAACGUCACACAUUAGCAUACACAAAACUGAACAAAAUUGGAAUAGUUGGACAAACAAAGUAAAGAAUGAAGACAGGUCUGAGACAAUUGAAAGGUCAAAGGAGAAAAAGUCUGAUAAAACUAAAUCUAAAAGCUCGUCAAAGAAAUCGAAUCAUUCUAAAUCUAAGGCAUCAGAAAAAGGCCAUUCAUCUAAAUCUAAAGACUUUCGUAGCAGAGCGUCACACAGUAGCAUACACAAAACUGAACAAAAUUGGAAUAGUUGGACAAACAAAGUAAAGAAUGAAGACAGGUCUGAGACAAUUGAAAGGUCAAAGGAGAAAAAGUCUGACGUUUCAUCUUCUAAACCUAAAUCUAAAAGCUCGUCAAAGGACACAAAACAAUCUAAUACUCAGACGUCAGAAAAAGGUCAUUCUUCUGAAUCUAAAGACUCCCAUAGCAAAUCGUUGCACAACAGCAAAUACAAAUCGUCACAUUCAUCAUCUACAGAAGAUAAAAACACUCAAACAGGAUUGAAGAGUAAAAGUCAUGGCUUCUUAUGGCCACAAAAGAGCAAAAGCAAUAGGUUUCCUUGGUCAACGAAGAGCAAAAGUAAUGGCUUUCAAUGGCCAAAAAAUAGUAAAAGUAAUGAUUUUCCAUGGCCAAGGAAGAGUAAAAGCAACGAAAAGCCAUGGCUACCCAAGAGUAGGGAAACUAAUCCUACCUUUUCUACAAUAACAAGAUCAAAAAGUCCACUUACCACAACGGAAAGGACGAAAAACUCUGAACAUACGACAGAAGACAACGGUGUUUUUGAACCAACAACUGAGAAGAAUAGUGUCACUGAACCAACAACUGAGGGAAACGCUGUUACUAAACCAACAACUGGGGGAAACGCUGUUACUGAACCAACAACUGAGGGAAACGCUGUUACUGAACCAACAACUGAGGGAAACGCUGUUACUGAAACAACAACUGAGGGAAAAGGUGUUACUGAACCAACAACUGAGGGAAAUGAUGUCACUGAACCAACACCUGAGAAGAAUAGUGUUACUGAACCAACAACUGAGGAGAGCAUCGCUGUUACUCAGGAGAAAGAAGAUUUGCCUACAUUUGGACCAACUCUAAAGCCACCUUAUAAAGGACCUAAAAUUUGCCAAAAACAAACACCGCCUUGUUGUGUUGGAGGGAAGCUUACCGUUGAUUUAAACAGAGGUAAAAACAGCAAACGGGACAUUGUUGAUGGAGUGACUCUGUUACAAGUACACAAAGGUGAAGGACGGAACAAAAAACAAGCGUGUAGUUCAACCGCUCUUGUUGUCGUGAACUUUGACAAGAUAGACACGGCGGGAUGUUUCGGUUGUUUGGAAGCACCAUAUUGUGGUAAACGUAUGUUAAAAAUUGAACUUCGUCUGUCAAAUGCUAGGAGAAGUGGGUGGCUAUUCAAUGUUGGUGACAGCGAAUCCAACAAUGGCUACAGGGGUGAUGAUAAUGAACAAAUGAACGAUGCAGAGACGCAGGGACUAUUUCCUAACAUCACAGUAUAUCCGAGCGACAAUUGUCCCUCAAUUAACAGUUUGAUGCAUAUUGUCCACGCUCUUGCUGACAAUGUGGACACUGUUACACUCUAUAUCAGUAAUGAACAUAUCCGAAUCACCAACAGCGAGGGUCUAGACUUCAAACUUUGCCAUUCAUGUCUAUACGCUCUUAACGGACAGCCGGAUGAAGGACCUAAUGGUGUGCCAAACGAAACUAUUUGUAUUGGGCUGAAUAGAGUCGUCAAGGACAUAACUAGAUCUGGUUACGGCGUUUGUUCAGCGACAUUUUCUUGGGAAUGCCCUUGGUGCACAUAAAGUAUUUAUAAGAAAAUCUCAAAAUCAGUGUAUGCACAAGGAAACAAAACAUUUGUAGUAAAAUGCUAUUAAAACUGAUAAUGAUUAUAGUUCGUUAGUAUAGGCCUAACAUAAGUUGUUAUUGUUGAACAAUUUACGUCACGGAUCAUUAAUAUAUGCACACCAGUUAGAAAUAAGACUAUAUUUACAUCACACAUAUAAAUGUAUUCAACCAAAUGUAGACGUGUGUGGUACAUAUAAUGAGGUUGUAAGACAUUGUUGAGUACCAUACUGGAUUCUAGCGGGCUAGCGCCACUUCUUAUAUAGUUAUAACAGCCGUGUACUAGCCCAAUAGAAUCAACAUGGUACAUUGUAUUCAACAAUGCAUAUCAAUUGAUUAACUUCAUU